UUGAAGGAAUCUGAGCUUUUAGAUCGCCAAGUUGGACUCAAGGUAAGAGAACGAGCAGGCGCGGAGUGACGGCCGAUGAGACCACCGGCUGCGGUGAUGGCCGUGCGCGGGCCCCAGCAACAUCAGCAGAGUCCGAUGGCGACUCAGAAGCACCAGUCUCAGAUAACGAGGUCCACAGAAACACAUGUGGUCUGUACGCAGGACUGCAUGACCUUUGAAGACGUGGCUGUGUACUUCUGCCAGGAAGAGUGGGAGCUCCUGGAUGAAGCGCAGAGGCUACUGUAUCUCGAUGUGAUGCUGGAGAACUUUGCCCUUAUAUCCUCACUAGUUUGUUGGCAUGAAGCAGAGGCUGAAGAAGCAGCUCGUGCACCGAGUGUUUCACCAGCUGAAAAACCACAGGUCAGGACUCCAAAGGAGGGCCUGCCCCCACAGAAGACUCAUCCUUCUGACAUCUGUGCCGCAGUUCUGAAAGACAUUUUACAUCUGGAUGACCUACCUGCGCAGAAACCAUAUUUGACUGAGGUGUGUACAAGCCUCCUGGACCAGAAGCAUCAUAGAGCCAAGAAUUGGUUAAAGAAAGAUGUGGACUCCCUUGUGAAGAACUGUAUAUGCCAUGUAUCGGGGAAUUCUUUCAUCUGUAAUAAGAUUGGAGAAAACUUCUCAGCUGGGUGGAAUCUUCUCCAACCCCAGGCCCUUCUCAAAGGUGAGAAUCAAAACAAAAUUAAGCGUGGAAAGGCUUUUCACACUAAUAAAAAUAAUUCUAAGUCAGAUGAAUAUAAGAAACCUUCCAGCCCCCAACACAGACUUCUUGAGAACCAGAGAGUUUGCAAUGAAAAGGAGGGGUUUGGAUCUAGCAAACAUGAGCAAGACUUAAACAAGUACACACUGGUACCACCCCAGACAGACCAGACUGAAAAAAGACCCUAUGAGUGUUGUGACUGUGGAAAACUGUUUGGCCAAAAGGCUACACUUAGAAUACACCAGAGACGUCAUACUGGAGAAAAACCAUAUAAGUGUGGGGAAUGUGGAAAGUCUUUUUGUCAGAGCUCCAACCUCAGUGAACACUGCAGAGUUCACAGUGGAGAGAGACCUUAUGAGUGUCUGGAGUGUGGGAAAGCCUUCGGGUGCCAUUCUAGUCUUCUCCGGCACCAGAGAACGCACACAGGAGAGUGGCCUUAUGAAUGUGGUGACUGCGGAAGGCUAUUUAGACAGGUCGUCAGCCUGAUCACACACCGGAGGACCCACACUACAGACAAGCCUUAUGAAUGUGGGCAGUGUGAAAAAUCCUUUAGUCACAGAGCCACCCUCACUGUCCACCAGAGAGUGCACACCGGGGAAAAGCCCUAUCGCUGUGAAGAGUGUGGGAAGUCCUUCAGCCAAAGUGCCAACCUCAUUAAACACUCCAAAAUUCAUACUGGAGAAAAGCCUUAUGAGUGUGGGGAGUGUGGCCUCUGCUUUCGGCAAAGAGCCACCCUCAUGAAACACCAGAGAACCCACACUUCAGAAAGGCCUUACGAAUGUAGGGAAUGUGGUAAAUUCUUUAAACAAUACUUCUACCUCAUUGAACACCGUAGGAUUCACACCACAACAGAAUUUUAUGAGUGCGAGCAGUGCGGGAAAUCAUACACGCAAAAGGCCACCCUUGUCAGACACCAGAGAGUCCACACGGGAGAAAGCCCUUAUAAAUGCGAGGAAUGUGGGAAAGCCUUUGAAUACAAAUCCAGACUUGAUCGCCACCAGAGAACUCACACGGGGGAAAGACCAUAUGAGUGUGGCAAAUGCGGGAAGUUCUUCCGGGAGAGCUACAACCUAGCUGAACACCAGAAAAUUCAUACUAAAGCCAAGCCUUACAACUGUGAUCAGUGUGGGAAAUGCUUUAGCCGGAGAGCAGAUCUGGUGAAACACCAGAGGGUUCACACUGGAGAACGGCCUUACACGUGUGGGGAGUGUGGGAAGACCUUCAGUCGAACUACCAACCUCGUUCAGCACAGCAGAAUUCACACUGGGGAGCGGCCGUAUGAGUGUGACCAGUGCGGGAAAUCUUUUAGCCAGGUGUCUACCCUCACCCGGCAUCAGUUACUUCAUGCUGGAGAAAGACCUUCUAAAUAUAGCAAAUGAGGCACAUCUUAGACAACCCUCUAGCAUCUUCUAACACCAAAAAUGUCACAGAAAGGCAGAAAAUGUGGGAAAUCCUUCGACGCGGGGUAGACAUCACAUCCUGGAAGCCUGCGCCUGAAAACACCCUUAGACAUCCCAAGAGUGUCGCGCUGUUGUUCAGAGGGGCAGAGUACCAAAUGAGUUCCAGGCAUGUGUAAUAUGUACUGAAGGCACCCUGCACGUUCUAGACAGCCUUUCUCCCUUGCCAGAACUAAUUACCUGCCAUCAUGUCUCCUGAAAAGUGUCUCUCAUCUAACAACUUGCACUGAGUGAAUAUUCCCCCCAACAUAGUCUCCCCUUCCCUAGUGAAAGCCUCCGUUGCCUGUGCCCUGCAGAUGACCUUAAUCCCUUCUUAUGGUCCGUUUUCUGCCUGAAAGGACUUGGUCUGGGUUUAUCUGGAUGCUUCAGGAAGGAUUAUCUUUUUUUAUUCGUUUGUUUCACACGAUUCAUGUAGCUGUUUCCAUACUCCAAGAUCACUAACCAGUAACCUCCUGCUGUUCCGUGCAAUAUUAAAAGCCUUAUGGGUUUUUCUUUCGUGUACUUUUAAUCAAGAGUUUCUAUUCACAGCCUUAAGUGGGUAAAAUACUACCAUAGGCCCUGUUUGUAUAGAUUGGAACAGUGCUUGAGGCAGCUCCAUUCAUGUUUCAGUGGGGGUACUGUCGUGGGAAAGAAUACUUCUUAUUUAUGUUGCUUUCCAAGACCUUUAGUGGAACAAAGCAGAGUGUUUAGUCCCAGCUUUCUGCCUCAAUGCCAGCUUUUGGUUUGUUUGUUGGAGGAGGGUGUUUAGUUUGUAUUUAGACCGCAGGUUACCUUGAAGGUCAGGUCAGUUGUUAGUGCUCUUAGAAUAUCUUAAAACGUAUUCCAUCAUUCCCAUCACCAUGAUCUGACAUGAUGCCCCAGAUUGCUGAAUAUGGACAUUGAUUAGUUGGGAGACAGAGUCUUCUAUAUGAGAACAAAGACAGAGACCACUGGCAUUGCAUUCUGGAAAAUAAUUUGCCCAUAUCUUGUGUCCUGAAAUUUUAACUGAGUCUGAAUUCAGGCUGUGCCAUAAUAAUUUCUGGCUGCUUACAGCAGGAUUUACUAUGAAAAACAUCAGCGUAAAGCAGAGCAUGAAGAUUCAAAAGCUACAGUUUUGCCAGGAACCAAAUGUGUUGGAGCUGCAGACAGCAGCCGUAGUUGCUAAUGGAAACUAUAGAAGAAGACAAGCACUUCGUUGCUAGGGCAUUAAAAAAAUACCUUGAAGGCUCCAGGCUGUUCAACUAAACCUCAUGGGAAAGACUUUCCCUUUUAAAGGGCACUGCUAAGGUUUUGUAAAGAAUUGCUUAGGGGGAGGCUUUCCUGGGUCCAGCUCCCAUAAGCAGGCUACUGCAGUUGUGAACCAAGGAGGCUGUGGUUCUGCUUGAACUAGCAGCAUUAAUACCGUUGACAUAGUGCUCCUAUUACAGGCAGGUAGAGCAGAAGUCAUAAUGUUGUGGAGGCUUCCAUCGAGUCCAGAGAAUAGCCUGUGCUGUGGGCCACAGUCACUUUCCUCAGACACCUCUGACAGGGAGAUUCAUGGAGCUUGAGAAGUUAAGACUGAAGUAUAUGCUGUAUGUCGGGAACAUGGGAUGUCUGCCAAGCAAAACUGCCGGGACCAAUUAGAACCAGUCCAGUAGAGGCUAUGCAGGCUUCAGAUAACAGGGCCUUAGGAGGAGGCAUACUCAAGCGUUUUGGAUCUCAGGUGAUGGCAAUGUGUGAUCCUGAUCCCAGGAAUGAGGCUACAGGAUUUCCAUUCAAUUGUUUUUCUCUCCUUUGUUCCCAUUCCUCCCUUCUAAGGUCCAAUUCUUCCCUUUUGAAAUAGGAAUGGUUACACUGCGCCACUGUAGUUUGGACUUACAUAACCUUCUUUUGGGUUUAUUUGGCUCAGUUAAGUGUUUACCUUUGCUCUCAGAAGAAACAUUGAGCUUCUGAACAGUACCGAAACUGUUAAGAUUGAAGACAGUUGAAUGCAUUUUGCGUCAUAAAAUGACAAUGAGCCUUUGGGAGCCAGGAAUGGAAUUUUAUGGUUUGGAUCUGAAAUGCCUCUCAAGAUUUAAGAAUCUGCUUCCCAGAUAAUAGUGCUAUUUUGGCAGAUGGUAGGAUCCGUAGGCGAUGAGGCACUGGUGGCAGGAGUUGGUCACUAGGAGCAGCUCUUGAAGGUUAUACCCAGUCCAUAUUAAGUGGCUCUCCACCUGUGAGCUGUGAGCCCUUUGGAUUGUAUAUCACAUGUUUACAUUAUGAUUUAUAAUAGUAUCAAAAUUACAGUCAUGAAGUAGCAAAUCAUUUUAUGGUUGGGAGGGAUCACGACAACAUGAGGAAAUGUGUUAAAGGCUGUCAGCGUUGGGAAGCUUGAGAACCACUGGCCUAGUUGUGUCGGUUGCCCCUCUGCUUUUUACCAUCCUGUGCACAGCCUUUGCCGUAUGCUCCUGUUGCCUUGAACUAAGCUAUACCCUACCCCCAGCCUAGCUUCCCCAAUAGGACAGACUGAACCCUUUGAAAUGGAACCCGAGCAAACCAUUCCUUCAGUUAUGUAAAAUUAACAUGCUGAUGUGUAACAGAUGUGCUUUUAUGUGUACAUUUUUAUGGGUAUAUGCAUUGAUCAGGUUAUAAAUCCAUAAGGUCUUCAUGAUCUCAAUAACGUUUCUAUCCAGAAUUUCUCUUCUCUUGUGUGAUCUGGUUUCCACAGGGUUUUAAGUAUCUGGUGACUUGCUUUCCUUCAUAAUGGCUUGAUUUUACACAUGGAGCUUUUAGAAUUUUUAUUUGAAGAGAAUCAUAAAGUGCUUGCCGUUUUCGAAUUAUUUUCAUAUUGGGUAAUUGGUUUAGAUUUGCUAUUGUUGCCUACUAUAUGAACACAUUAUUGUUAAGCAGAAUUCUAUUCUGUGGACAAGUCCCUAUUUGUUCAUCUGUUAAUGAUCAAGCAGCUUGUGGCCAGCUGAA